AUGCCUGAUCAGGUCAUUGGAGUUCCGAUAAAAUCGUCAACAUACCGAAUUGAGGGAGCAUCGAGAUGCUACUUACCGGAUUCUGCUGGCCAGUAUCAAAUUCCAUCACCUGCUGAAGGGUCUAACACAUUUAGAAAAGGCAAAGGAAAUUUUGUGGUUAAAAGGAUGAACAAGCUUGGGAAGAAGGCUGAUACUUUCGCACAUGGAAUCCGAGAACAUGUGAGGCUGGGACCAAAGAUCAGUGAAACAGUGAAUGGAAAGUUGAGUUUGGAGGGCAAGAAUUCUUCAAGUAGGAGGUGUGGAUAUGAUAUUCAAACAAUUGUUUUGUGUCGGAGAAGGGGAGAAGCUGUUGAAGGCAUGCCAAUGUUAUUUAUCAACAACAGCAGCGACAGAUCAAUCAAAAUCCCAUCUCCAAAUGGUGAAUUCCUCAGAGUCCAUUACAAUGUUUUGAUCCCUCUUGAGAAAAUAAAGGGUGUUAAUGAGAGUGAAAACAUGAAGAAGCCAUCACAAAAGUACAUGGAAAUCGUGACCGUAGACGAUUUUGAGUUCUGGUUUAUGGGGUUCUUCAAUUACCAGAAAACUUUCAAAUACCUUCAGCAAGCAAUCUCCCAAAGACUACUGCAUGAUGUACUAGUCAUUUUCUAG